CUGUGUAACCGAUUUUUUGGCCACUGCUAAAUCAUUGAAGUAACUUUCGUCCGCAGUCAUUUGCUUAAAGUUAGUGAACGUGCUAGUAUCGCGUAUCUGGCGGCGCGGCAUCCGAACGACAGAGAAAAACAAAAACCAAACAUACACAUUUUGUGGUUUUGAGCUUUAAGUGUUGUUUUUUGUUAUUUUGCUAUAUUGCGGUACAGAAAAAUAAAUAAACAUUUCCUAUAUAAAAUAACUGAAAAUUUUCCACAGCUAAAAUCUCUAACAAAAGUUAUUUUUUUGUUGUUGCAGAAAAUAAAUAUGCAGUUCACCAGGAGCCGUUUGUUAUUAUCGAUGGCCGUGCUAUCGGCACUGCUAUCGUUAUCGCUGGGCCUGCCCGCUCCCCAGCAAAUCAACUCUGAACUGGAGGCCAACUUCCAGGAUACCAGCGAUCCCGACUUGAAUCCCAUCAAUGCAGAGACCAAGAGGCGUCGUCGGGCGGGGGGCAAAGAUCUGAGCGAUGCCGCCGAAAUCAUGAGCGACGCCUCCCUGGAACUGCCCUCCGAGCUGCUCAACAAGUCCCUGCUGACGGUCACCAAUAUCUCCAAGUCGCUAUCCCGACUGAUCCUGAACUCCGCUCGUCGCUACUCCCGCUUCGUGCUCUUCUUCAAGCCAGUUUUCGGAGAUGCCCUGGUGGUCAAGGGUUCCGAGGAUCCCACCACAACCACAACUGUGCGCACCACCACAACCACCGAAGAGACUGACAAGCUCAACGAAGUCUAA